AUGAGGAACAGCAGGUCCUUAGUAAAUCUGCUUGACAAGAAGUUUCAUCAGCUCCCCACAUCGAAGAUGAUGAAGAUCAGCAAGAGCGCCCCCAACCUCGUGAAGAAGGCCGUGACGUCGUUCAAGAGCAAGACGGAUGCUCUGAGGACGAAGCUCAUGAUCCUGGCCUCGCUGCGUCGCAGGAUGGCGAUGGUCUGUGCGAUGUCUCGCCAGAUCCACGCGCUCGUCGCAUCGGGUGGUCAGGAGAAGAAGGCUAGGGUGGAGCACAGCAGCAAGGCUCUCGCUCUGGGCAUGGCGACGGCGACGAGCGAAGAGCCAGCUGGUGACGAUGGUGGCAGGGCUCAUCUCGGUAUGUUUGAGGUGGCAAUGUACGAGGAGGGUUAUCAUGGCUACCCUGAAUGGACCAACUCCCUCUUCGACGAUGACAAUAUUUACAGUGAUGAUGAGGAUGUCCAGGACGACGACGAGCACGACGAUCUUGAUGUUGUUGAUGCGUUCGACGAUGAGCCCUCGGUCAUUGAGAUCAUCAGGAGCAACCGGGAGGCCGAAGGUCUGGAGUUCAUGGAAGAUGAUAUCGAUGGGGCUUGUGAUAUGUUCAUUAGGAGAUGUCGCAGCCGCAUGAACCUUAGCUUCUAG